AUGAGGAGGAACGCCCCACGUCUGACGGCCCAGGUCAAGGGGGUUCAUAGAGGCUCUGUGUCUCUGUGCCCUUAUCCCGGGGUCUCUGUCUCCUAUGUCAAAAUCUCUUCUGAAUCUCGCUUCUCAUCUCUCUUCAUCUCCAGACCUGCCCUGUGGAGGCAGCCACAGGGCCCCAUCCCCCCUGCUGUCCAGACUAAGGGUGCAGGUGACUCAAGAAGGAAUGGGGCACCCAACCCCCUCCUCCUUUGGAAAUACAGGAGUCCAGGCUCCCAGCCCCUUUCUCCCCAGAACCCAGGCAUCCAGACCAGGUCUCAGUCCAGUUGCCCAAUGUGGGUAUGUGGGGCCAGAAACUCCAUUCACGACCAUUCUGUGACCGUCUACGCCCAGGGCUCCCACCCCGACUCAGUCCCUCCGGAGGCGGGUCCGACACGCGAGGCGCUUCUUUGGAGUCUGGCGGCGAAAGCUAUCCAUGACGCCAGUCACUAUCUUCCAGCCAAUGGACACUCGGCCUUCUACCUCCCUGGGCCACUCAGGACUCUUUGCCUGGUAGGCGGGGCCCACAGCCCAACUCGGACAGCGAUAGGCUUUCGGAGACGCCAGUCUCUGCCAGGCCCCGUCAGUCGGCCAAUAGACCCGGAACCUGAGGGAUCGGAAUCCUGGUCCACUCCGCAGAGGCCCGAGUGGGCUCGCGAGGGAACCGGUUCUCCGAGUCUGGCCGGAUACAGCAAGAAAGCAGCAUCUGCAAGAAAGCCCUCACCAGGACCAAAUCAGCUGACACCUCAACCUUGGACUACCCAGCUUCCCGAACUGUGAGGUAUAGAUUUUUAUUGUUGAAGUCACCAAGGCUACGGUGUUUUUAAUAGCAGCCCAAGUCCAGGAAUACAUCAUCUGACUCACUGUUUUGAAUCAAACUCUUCAGUUUCUCCAUCAACUUAGCUGGCAGCUCCUGUCCCCAGCAGCAUCAGAGGCCCCAUGAAAAGAGCUCCAGCAGGGGCUCAGCCUGCACGGGUCCCAUGGGGCAGCCUCAGUGUCAGGGCCUGGAUGGCAGGUGAGACUCCAGUGACACAACCACAAUGUGAAAGUGUAAGAGUUUUUAACUACUUACAGAUACUGGAAAGCACAGGGCACACCUGGAGACCACAGACACUGGGGUCAGAGAGCCCAGGCAGGGAGGAGAGAAGGGAACUGUAGGCCAAUGGCUUUAUUGGGUCCAGGGUGUUGUUGACAGGUUUCCAGAAGGGAGCUUUAAUGGGUGUGUUUAAAGCAGGCAAACACUGGGGCAAGAAGAUCACACUGUGACUGAGAGGUGGUCACUUUAAAUUGGAGGGCAAAUGUCACAACUGUUUCAGUUUAAAGGAAGCAGCUGGCGAGAGGGGAGCCCAGCACACUAUGCAAGAGAGAUGCCUCUAAGAUUUUAUCUGUGGCCACCGACUGGAGCCAUUUGGACCGGGUACAGCAGUGGAAACUCUGUGAUGGUGACAAACAUGGGAAUCACUCUGAUGUGACGCAGUUAAAUUUACACCUUAAAAAAUGGAUGCCAAGACAACAUAAACAAGACCCAGGGACACCAACAGGGUAUGGUGCUGUGCCCCAGAGUCAGGGUCCUGGGUUCUUACCCAGGGAAGUGAGAAAUAAAGAUAACUUUUCCCUGCUCCCUCUCUCCUCCCUGACACUGAUCUUCCCACCCUGCACCUCCCUCUUCUGCUCCCAAACCCCCACCCAGUGCUCAGUCCCAGACAUCACUGCCUGCAGGGCAUGCACAGUGCAGCCCACUGCACACAAACUACAAACUCACAGAAGGUGAUGACAAUUUGUGUUUGGGACGUCUGAUUGUGAAAGAGGGAGGACAGCGUACUUGCAGCCACAGAGACUGAAACUGGAAUGUGAUGGAACGGGGCUGGAACGUGAUGGAACUCUGACAUAACAGACGUGUGACUUUGUGUGAAAUGUGCAGAUCCAUGUGGAAUAAAACACAGCCUAGCCUGUG